AACGAGAGGGCACCACCAGUCCAACUUGGUCGCCAGGGUGCGCGGUCACGUGACAGCGCUCGCGCCAUGUUUCCAUCUCUACGUUUGUGAAGUUUUUUUGCAGGCUUGCGAAGGCAGCGGGGAAGGGAACGGUAGCAGCAACAGGAACAAAGUUCGGGAAGGGCUCGAAUAAAGCUGCAUUUGCGCCGUUUUUCCGUCUACAAAGGCGAUACUUCAGAACCGGAACACGAUCCAGUCCAUGCAGCGGUGGACGAAUACACUAGCCGCUGCGGAGGAAGCUAAGAAAUAUUCUCUGACUUUUGAUUGAGAAUUUCCUCACAACACAUUUUUGGGAGCGCGUACAAGUGGAGGCUGGGUUUGCGAGAGUCGGUGAUGAUGUGUUUCAAAAUGUCUUGAAGGCCGUGGCGAGGGGAACAGCAAACGUGGAAAUAGCUCACCUUUCUCGCUGGUCCUCGCUCAUUUCUUCGAAACUUUUUUGGGAGACUUGUGCUCAGACCCCCGGACUGUCAGUAAGGUGACGUUGCAACCUGUGGGGGACCGGCUAGGAGACGGGAUCUAUCUGGACAUUUCAAACCAGACCAGUGCUAGCGGAGCAGCCCAAGGACGCGGGGAGACAUGGCCGACGCCGCGUCGCCCAGGGAUACCGCCGAGGGAGGAGUUGACAACGAGUUCAGUGACAUCAUCAAGUGCAGAUCAGAUGAACACGAUGCAGUUCAGAAGAAAACCUUUACCAAAUGGAUCAAUGCUCAGUUCUCCAAGGGUGGGAAGUCUCCCAUAAAGGACCUGUUCUCAGACCUUAGGGAUGGACGCAAACUCCUGGACCUGCUGGAGGGACUAACCGGAAAUACUUUGACUAAAGAACGCGGUUCCACACGAGUGCAUGCCCUCAAUAAUAUCAACCGAGUGCUACAAGUCCUGCAUCAAAACAAUGUGGAGCUGGUGAACAUCGGGGGAACAGACAUUGCUGACGGGAACCAUAAACUCACACUCGGCCUUAUUUGGAGUAUCAUUCUCCACUGGCAGGUGAAGGACGUGAUGAAAGAUGUGAUGUCCUCGCUCCAUCAGACCAAUAGCGAGAAGCUCCUGCUGAGCUGGGUGCGGAAUGUCACACGUAACCAUGACAAUGUCAACGUUCUCAAUUUCACCACCAGCUGGGCUGAUGGCCUGGCCUUCAAUGCCAUCAUGCACCGCUUCAGGCCCAAUGUGGUUAGCUGGGACAAAGUGCUGCGAAUGACCUCCGUUGAGAGGUUAGACCACGCUUUCAGUGUUGCUAAGGAACAACUGGCCAUUGAAAGACUGCUGGACCCUGAAGAUGUGGCAGUCCAGCUGCCCGACAAGAAGUCCAUCAUCAUGUAUGUGACCUCACUAUUCGCCGUGCUCCCCAAUGACAUCACAAUGGAUGACAUCAGAGAGGUGGAGACGCUGCCCCGGAGGUUCCGCCUGGAGGGGGAGGAGGCCAAGACCCCUGCCAGUCCUGCAAGUCUGCCUGUGGCAACGGCUGAGGAGACCGAGGGGGUGGAGCUGGAGUGGUAUCAGGUGACCUUGGAGGAGGUGCUAACGUGGCUGCUGUCGGCCGAGGACGCGUUGCAGGGCCAGGGAGAGAUCUCUGAUGAGGUGGAGGAGGUGAAGGAGCAGUUUCACACACACGAGGCCUUCAUGAUGGAGUUGACGGCGCACCAGAGCAGCGUGGGUAGCGUCCUGCAGACAGGCAACCAGCUGAUCGCCAAUGGCAACCUGAGUGAGGAAGAGGAGGGAGAGAUUAGAGAACAGAUGAGUCUCCUAAACACACGCUGGGAACACCUGAGAGUCAGCAGCAUGGAGAGACAGAGCAGGCUCCAUGAGGUUCUGAUGGACCUCCAACAGCAGCAGCUCCAGCAGCUUUCUGAUUGGCUGUCACAGACGGAAGGGCGGAUCCGUAAGAUGGAAACUGAGCCAAUCGCCGCAGACCUUGACUCCUUCCAUGCACAGAUAGAGCAGCACAAACUGUUGCAGGUGGACCUGGAGCACGAGCAGGUGAAGGUGAACUCUCUGACUCACAUGGUGGUGGUGGUCGACGAGAACAGUGGCGAGAGCGCCACCGCUGCCCUGGAGGAGCAACUGCAGUCUCUGGGAGAGAGGUGGGCAGGUGUGUGUAGGUGGUGUGAGGAUCGUUGGCAGCAGAUGCAGGACGCCCUUCAGAUGUGGCAGCAGCUCGUUAACGACCAGAGUGCCUUCUCUAAUUGGUUGUCGGAGAGGGAGUUGGCCCUUGAGAAUGUUCAGACCAGUGACUUCAAGAAUCCUGAAGAAGUCAAUGCCAACCUGCGCAUAUUAGCUACCUUGAAGGAGGACGUGGCUCUGCAGCGGCCAGUUCUGGACCGGCUGAUGGGGGACCGCCAGGAUCUGGUUCUGCUGAUGCAGAACUCCUCGGCGCUGGUCCAGAUCGAAGCAGACUCAGAGGAGCUCACCCAGAGGUGGGACAACCUGCUGCAGAGACUGGAGGACUGCUCUGAACAGGUAACCGAGGCGGUCACUGCUGCCGGGAUGCCUCAAAAACAGGAGCGAGUUGUCAUGGAGGCAGUGACCGUAACAACGAGCAGAUCGGAACAGGAAGUGAGUGAUGACCCUACUCCUGCCAAGAGACGGAGAUCUCUGGAUCUGGAGACAGACAUGGAAAUGACACGACUGUCAGAGUUGCUGACCAGGCUCAGAGAGUGGCGAGUGGCUGCAGAGGCCCUACUGACAACAGACCGUACUGACCUCCAGGACCAGCUACAGGCUCUGGAAGUGAAGCUGAGGGAGAAUGAGGAGCAGGUUGCAGAGGCGGGGAGGAGAGUGGCUCAGUUAGAGCAAGAGGGUGUGAAGGUGCAGGAUCUCCAGGCAUGUUUGGGUUCCAUGUGUUCUGAGCAACAGGACUGUGCAGCUUUGCUGUCCGCUCUGCGUGAGCGGAUUCUGCGGUCCGAACGGAUCCAACGGUUUUCAUCAGAGCUGCAGGUUCUAAAUCAGGAACUGACGGAACCGGAGGAGUGGCUGAGGUCAACUGGCUCCAGCGAUUCUGACAAGCAUGACCUCAAGAUGCUAAAGGUUGCCUGUGAGGCACAUGAGUCUGCGGUGUCUGCGCUAGCUCCACGUGUGCAGCAGCUCUCAACCUCAAUCAAAGAAGAAAAGGACAUACCUGAUGACAUCACCGCCGACAUGGCCGACUUGACGGCUCACCAUGAGUCCACGCUGCAGAGGCUACGAGAGAGGGAACAGGAGAUCGACUUAGCCUUGGCCAGCCUGGACCAGGUUCAAACACAGGCCGAGGUUGCCAUGGCAACGGAGUGUGAGAGCAGUUCUCCGGGGGUGUGUGUGUCGGGCGAGAUGGAGGCCAGACUGGCGGAGCUGAAAGCCAACAUCAGCGAUGUCCCCACAGCUGAAGAGGCCGUGCAGAAAGCACAGGCAUUAUGUCUUGAGCUGGAGAAGAGUUGGCCAACUGGGGAGGGGUCGGAGAAAUGGUCGGAGCUAUCUAACCGAGCACGUGACGAGCUGGGAAUGCUGCAGUGCAUUCUGGGAAGCAUGAAGGAAUCGCAGGUGCGGAGCACAGAGGUGACCGCGUGGUUGGAUGAGGCAGAGGAAGUGACAUCACGGGAUUCUGUUGGAGUAUCAGAUGCUGGGAAAUUGAAGGAGGAAAUGGAACAGUGCAAGGCGUGUGCGGGACGUAUAGGGGCAAUGGAAGCAGCUCUGAAGCAGCUGGAGGAGAACACCAGUGCUGUGCAGAAGAGUGCAGUACCACAGCUGGCCAGCUGGGGGCAGAGCAGACUGGAGGAGACACAGACAAGGUGGAAUACGCUCAGCAAACAGUUGCUGAGCCACCAGGAGAGUGUGUGUGAGCGCCAGGAGAAAGUGCAGAACUUGCAGAAGGACUUGAGUGAGAUGAAGGAGUGGCUGCAGCAGGUGGACGAGGAGUUCCUCAUGAGAGACUUCGAGUACAAGAGUCCAGAGGAGCUGGAGGCCUCGCUGGAGGAGAUGAAGAGGGCUGAAGAGGAUGUGUUACAGAAGGAGGUGAGAGUGAAGAUCCUGAAGGACAACAUUAAUGUGCUGGUGUCUCAGACGCCCCCUGCUGGAGAGGACCUGUCAGUACAGUUGGGCACAGUGCUCCACAAUUACCACAAGCUCUGUGAGCGUUUCAAGAGCAAGUGCCACACGCUUGAGGAGGUAUGGUCGUGCUGGAUGGAGCUACUGCAUUAUCUGGAGGUGGAGGACCAGUGGCUCCGCAACCUGCAGGAGAAGCUACAGGCCUCACAGAACCUUCCAGAAAACGCAGACACCGUCAACCAAGCACUGGAGGCUCUGGAGGGUGUGUUGCGUCACCCUUCUGAUAACCGCACUCAGAUAAGGGAACUGGCACAGACGCUCAUCGAUGGAGGCAUCCUGGAUGAGCUCAUCAGCGAGAAACUUGAGAGCUUCAACACUCGAUACGACCAGCUCAGCCAGCAGGCGGAGAGCCAGCAGAUGUCUCUGGAGCAGCAGCUGAUAUCGUUGCGGGACAAUGAGAACUCCCUUCAGGCUCUGCAGGAGAACCUCACACAACUGGACCACACACUCACGUCAUACCUCACCGACCGCGUCGACGCCUUCCAGCUGCCGCAAGAGGCCCAGCGCAUCCAGGCAGAGAUCGUAUCCCAUGAGGCCGCGCUGGAGGACCUGAAGAAAAGGAAUGUGGGGAAUGUGCCGACGCCCACGCCCGAAGGCAAGGCCAGUCGAGGGGGCACCGUACUGGACCAGAUCCAGAGGAAGAUGCGAGAGAUCUCCACUAAGUUCCAGCUGUUCCAGAAGCCGGCCAACUUUGAGCAGCGCAUGCUGGACUGCAAACGGGUGCUAGAUGGCGCCAGAGAUGAGCUGCACAUCCUGGACCUCACCGACAUCACACCAGAACACAUCCACACACACUUCAGUGGCUGCAUGAGGCUGUAUAAGGUGCUGAGUGACGUGAAGAUGGAGGUAGAGACGGUGAUUAAGACGGGCCGGCAGAUUGUGCAGAAACAGCAGACAGAAAACCCCAAGGGCAUGGACGAGCAGCUCACCGCCCUCAAACUGCUCUACAAUGACCUGGGAGCACAGGUGACGGAAGGCAAGGGAGACUUGGAGAAGGCGCUGGCGCUGUCUGAACGCGUGCAGAGCGAUAGCGCCGCCCUGCAGGACUGGUUUAGCAGCACAGAGGAGCAGCUGCAGCAGAGACACAGCACACACAUGCCUGCCGACACACACACCGAGCAGGCCUGGGCUAAUGGCAUACUGACAGAGUGUGAGCAGAAGAAGGAGGAGUUGAACGUGUUGGUGGAGAACAGCGCCGCCCUGCAGGCCCUGGUGGAGCAAAGCGAGUCUGCCCUGGAGGAGAGGAUCUUCCAGCUCAAUGAGGCCUGGGCCCGUGUCCACAGCCAGGCUCAGGACUGGCUCUCUGCCCUGCAGGCCCACCAGAGUGAGAUGGAGAGCUUUGAUGAGAACCUGGCUCACAUCAGCACCUGGCUCUACCAGACACAGAUCCACAUGGAUGAAGUUGAGAAAAUGCCCCCUGCCCAGAAGGAGAGAGAGGUGCAGUCCCUGUCCUUAGAGUUGGAGGGGAUGAUGUUGCGUGUGGCGGGCGUUAGAGAGCACGCUCUCCUCCUCAUCACGGCCCGUGGGCCCGCGUGCAGCGACACCGUCCACCCCAAAAUCACCGAGCUCAACCGAGACUUCAACAAGGUGGUCCAGCGCAUUAGAGCAGCGCAGAUGGAUGAGCAGAAGGCUUGUUUAGAGGAGCUGUUGAGGAGAGGAGAGGAGGUGCUACAGAUGACCUCAGAGGAGGACACAAGAGAGGAGCUCAGGGGGAAACUACUCAUGUUACAGGAAGUGCGUUUGGAAAAGCCUGUGGAGAUGUCCGAGGACUCCUCCUCCCUGUCUUUCCCCACAGCCGAAGUGGAAGAAGAGGAGGAUGAAGAGGUGUUGGAGGAGGAAGAGGAGAGCGGUGGCGACCCUUGUCUCACUCCCUCGCUCCCUCGCUCCCUCUCUCCGUCCUCCUACCUGCUGGACAUCAACAAGCUGCUGCUGGCCAUGGCCGACACCGAGCUGCUGCUCAACUCCAGCGAGCUCAACACCGGCCUCUACGAGAACUUCAGCCUGCAGGAGGAUGCACUCAGGAGUGUGAAGGAGAAUCUUGAGCACCUGGGCGAGCAGGUUGCCGUGAUACACCAGCGUCAGCCGGACGUCAUCUCCGAGGCCAGCGCACAGGAAGUGAUGCGUAUCUCAGACGCCCUGAGUCAGCUCAACACUGAGUGGGACCGCCUCAACCGCACACAUGCCCUCCGCAAGGGGUGUUUUGACCGUGCUGUGGAGGCAUGGCGGCAGUUCCACUGUGACAUCACCGACCUCGGCCACUGGCUGGACCAUGCUGAGCAGCUGCUGGACGAGAGGGAGGGGCCAGACGCAGCCCCGGAGCAGGUCAGAGGUCACCAGGAGGAUCUAGAGGAGGGAAUCGCCAGUCACCUGCCAGUCCUGGCCCAACUCAACCAAACAGGAAAUGACAUCAUCGGUCAGCUGUCAUCAGCGGAAAGCCUCAUGCUGGACGAGAAGCUGCAGCGCCUUAACCAGCGCUUUAGCCUCAUCCAACAACACAUCACCCAGCAACAGCCAUGGUUGCUGACUGAAGACCCCACUGUAUUGGAUCUGGUGGGUGGGCUAGACAAUGUGUCCCCACUGCAAGAGAACAUGGAGUCUGUGCAAAUGUCACCACGGGACAAUGAUGCCAACCAGUCAAAACUUAAGGUGAGACGAGAGCCAUUGGAUGAGUUGGAGCCUAACUUUGAUGACCAUUUCCAGGAACAAAUCAGCAGGCUGCAUGUCUGGAUCCAGGAGACCAAUCAGAUGCUGAGCCUCAAAGGACCAGAGGGGGUGUCCCCUAGUGAGACAGAGGAGAUGGGCUACUCCAUGAGGGAGAAGAAGAGAGAGCUGGAGGACAUCCUGGCUUUCACCAUCAAUCUGCAGAAGCAACAGCAGCUCCUACCCCAGGAAAAGAGUAAAGUGGAAAGGCUGGCAGCAGACUGGAAAGCUCUAGACAUUCACCUGAAAGAGGCUUUGCUCCCACCUGUGUCACCAUGGACACAACAGGUCGCCCAGCCACCAGUUUUAGUUGUCCCAGCAGCGGUUCAGAUGGUGAGUGUUUUGGGAGAGGCCCCUCCCCGCUCCACCCACAGUCCUGAGCUGGUUGCCCCGGGCGACCUCAACCAGACGGCCACCGAGCUCGCCGAUUGGCUGCUGCUCAUUGACCAGAUGCUCAAGUCCAACAUUGUCACCGUGGGAGAUACAGAAGAGAUCCGCACCACCAUCGCUCGCCUGCAGGUCACCAAGGAGGAUAUGGAGCACCGGCAUCCACAGCUUGAGAAUAUUUUCACUCUGGCCCAGAACAUCAAGAACAAAACAUCCAACCUGGACAUCCGCACCUCCAUCACAGAGAAACUCGAGAGGGUACGCAGCCAAUGGGACGGCACACAGCACAGCCUGGAGGCCCGCCUCCAGCAGCUGGAUCACAUGAUCGCCCACAGCGAUCAAUGGGAAACCCAGAGGCAGGAGUUGAAGACUUUGAUUGGCCAGAAUGAGACCCGCCUACACAGCCUCCAGCUGCAGAGCAAAGAACCUCUGACCAGUCAGAUCAGCCACAGCAAGAUGUUCCUGCAGGACCUGAGCAAAGGGCAGGUUGCCGUGGCGACUUUUAACGAGCUGUCGCACGUGCUUCUGAGGGAGUAUUCAGCCGACGACACGCGCAGGAUCAAAGAGGUCAACGACAAGCUAAGCGGCACCUGGCAGUCUAUCAACAACAGAGCGCGGGACACACACACGGUUCUGGACGCUGAGCUGAAGGCUCUUCAGUCGUCACUCAGGGAGAUGGAGGCGUGCCUCAAAUGGCUACAGGAGGCGGAGACUACACUCAAUGUUCUAAGCCACGCCUCCCAGAAGGAGGGGCUUCUUCAAGACGCUACCCGUGUCCGGGAACUGAAGAGUCAACUGGAGGACAUCCAGGCGGAGAUAGAUGCUCAUAAUGAUAUCUUCAAGAGUGUUGACGGGGGGAAGGGCCGGAUGCUGCGGGCCCUGGGGGGCUCCGAGGAGGCUGCCUUCCUCCAGCAGCGGCUGGACGACAUGAACCAGCGCUGGGGCGAUCUCAAAAACAAGAGCGCCAACAUACGGGCUCAUCUAGAGGCCAGUGCGGAGCGUGUGACGGGACUUCUGUCCCAGCUCGAGGAUUUGUGGGCGUGGCUUUGCUUGAAGGAGGAGGAGCUUAACAAGCAGAUGCCAGUCGGAGGAGACGUGCCCACCUUGCUGCAACAGCAGAAACACUGCACGGGGCUGCGUGCGGAGCUGAAGGACCAGGAGCCGAUGGUGGUUGGGGCGUUGGAACAGGCCAGAGCUUUCCUGGCUGACCAGCCCAUAGAGGGGCCCGAGGAACCACGCAAGACAUCACAGCCCAAAACAGACCUGACUCCAGAGGAGCGUGCGGCCCUUCUGUCGCGCGCAGUGCGUAAGCAGAGCGGCGAGGUGUGUGACCGCUGGGAGCGUGUGUGUGCGGCCACGAGCCGGUGGCAGGGCCGCGUGGAGCGCGUCCUGGAGCGCAUGCAGGAGCUGCAGAGUCGCAUGGAUGCGCUGGAGCUGCGACUGGCACACGCAGAGGACACCCGCGCAACAUGGCAACCUGUAGGGGACCUGCUCAUCGACGCGCUGCAGGAUCACAUACAACACACCACGGUGUUCCGUGAGGAGCUGGAGCCACUGCAACAGGAGGUGUGUACUCUGAAUGACCUCAGCGCUCAGCUCACACCGCUGGACGUCCAGCUCUCGUCCACCACCACCCACCAGCUGGAGCAGCUGAACACACGCUGCGCCCUGUUACAGGUUGCUGUGGAGGAGAGGUUGAAGUUACUGCAGGAAGCUCACAGAGACUUUGGGCCUUCAUCACAGCACUUCCUGUCAACUUCUGUGCAGCACCCGUGGCAAAGAGCAGUCUCACCAAAUAAAGUUCCCUAUUACAUCAAUCACCAGACGCAGUCCACCUGUUGGGACCACCCCAAGAUGACUGAGCUUUACAAUUCACUCGCGGACCUGAAUACCGUGAGAUUCUCUGCCUAUAGAACUGCCAUGAAGAUCCGUCGACUGCAGAAAGCCCUUUGCUUGGAUCUGUUGGACCUGUCUGUGGCCCAGACGGCAUUCCAGCAGCAGAGGAGUGUGUCGGGUCCGAGUGUGUUGACGGUCUCCGAGGUGAUCAACACACUCACCUGCAUCUACGACGGCCUGGAGCAGGACCACAAGGACCUGGUCAACGUGCCGCUGUGUGUCGACAUGUGUCUCAACUGGCUGCUUAACGUCUUUGACACGGGUCGAACGGGAAAGAUCAGAGCUCUCUCCAUGAGGAUCGGUCUGCUGUGCCUCUCCAAAGGACACCUAGAGGAGAAAUACAAAUUCCUCUUUAGCCAGGUGUGUUCGUCGGGUAAUGUGUGUGACCAGAGGCAGCUGGGGGUGCUGCUGCACGAGGCCAUUCAGAUCCCUCGGCAACUGGGGGAGGUGGCCGCCUUCGGAGGGAGCAACAUCGAGCCCAGCGUCAGGAGCUGUUUCCAGCAUGUGACCAAUAAGGUGGCGUUGGAGCCGAGGCAGUUUGUUGAUUGGAUGAGGCUGGAGCCCCAGUCCAUGGUUUGGCUGCCUGUGCUGCACCGGGUGGCUGCAGCUGAGACCGCCAAACACCAGGCCAAGUGCAACAUCUGCAAAGAGUGCCCUAUCAUUGGCUUCAGGUAUCGCAGUCUAAAACACUUUAAUUAUGACGUGUGUCAGAGCUGUUUCUUCUCCGGCCGAACGGCCAAAGGCCACAAGCUCAACUACCCUAUGGUGGAGUACUGCACACCAACCACCUCCGGGGAGGACAUGCGUGAUUUCACCAAAGUGCUGAAGAACAAGUUCCGCUCCAAGAAGUACUUUACCAAGCAUCCUCGCUUGGGUUACUUGCCUGUGCAGACCAUACUGGAGGGAGACAACCUAGAGACUCCCGUCACCCUCCUCAGCAUGUGUCCAGAGCAGUAUGAGCUCUCCCAGUCUCCAGAGCUGUCUCACGACGACACACACUCAAGGAUUGAGCAGUUCGCCAACAGGUUGGCUCAGAUGGAACGCUCCAAUGGGUCCCUCCCCACGGACAGCAGCUCUGCCACAGGAAGCAUGGAUGAGGAGCAUGCUUUGAUUCUGCAGUACUGUCAGACUCUGGGAGGGGAGGGGCUCUCCUGCAGCCAGCCAUGUAGCCCCGCCCAAUUGUUUGUCAGCCCCGCCUCCACACUGCAGAGCCCUGCCCAGAUCCUGCAGUCGGUGGAGAGGGCGGAGCGAGGAGAGCUCCAGAGGGUCAUCUCACGCCUGGAGGAGGAGCAGAGGGUUCUCCAGCAUGAGUAUGAGGACCUCCAGCGGGAGCAGCAGCAAACCCCUCCCAGUUCCACCUGGUCCCCCGGGGGCCCGGAGGGGUCCGGUAGCAUUGGCGGUUCUGGUACCAGCCCCGGGGGCGAGUCGGACCUGCUGGCCGAGGCCCGGUUGCUACGACAACACAAGGGUCGCCUGGAGGCGCGCAUGACCAUCCUGGAGGAGCACAACAAGCAGCUGGAGUCCCAGUUACACCGACUUAGACAGCUGCUGCAUCAGCCUGACUCCAGGGUUAAUGGGGUCUCCCCCUCUGAAUCUCUCCCUCUGGAGCUGGGUUCACUACCGGAACACACAGAUUCCAGCUCUGACCUGGCAGAAGUAUUGGAGCAGAUAAACAACAACUUCCCAGCAUGCACCUCAAGUAUGUCGCCACGACCCCAGGUCAUGUAAGGUACACCUGAGGGAUAACAGACCUUUACUGUCUAACGGCGCUCAUGUGAUGUCACCGUGGCAACCUUCCUUAUGGAUGGACCAAUUGGAGGCGAGGCGAGGAAGAGAUGGGACCCAAAGACCUGCAGGACCAACCGCAGAACCAACCGCAGAACUGCAACGAAACUAAGACUUUACACAACUGCACGCUACACAAAAGGAAAAUGAAUCCCCCAUUGUGCGUUCUAUGCAACUGUGUGUGUGUGUGUGUGUGUGUGUGUGUGUGUGUGUGUGUGUGUGUGUGUGUGUGUGUGUGUGUG